GCCGCUGUUGCUACGGCCUCAGCCUCUCCCGAAGGCGGGAGGCGGGGUUUUCUCCUGCUUGUCUCUGAGGUUGCGGCAGCAGCAACAGCGGCAGCCUCCGCUUCCUGGUCGGUCACCUGAGGAGCAGGAAGGAGCCCCGGUGGCCCCGCUCUCCUGCCUCGGUUCCUGGGCCGCCGCCGCCGCCAUGGCGUCGCUCUUCAAGAAGAAGACGGUGGACGAUAUAAUUAAAGAACAAAAUAAGGAGCUAAGAGGCACCCAGAGGGCAAUAGUAAGAGAUCGAGUAGCUUUGGAAAGACAGGAAAAGCAACUGGAAUUGGAAAUAAAGAAAAUGGCUAAAACUGGAAACAAAGAAGCCUGUAAGGUUCUAGCAAAACAGCUUGUGCAACUGCGAAAACAGAAAACUCGAACCUAUGCUGUUAGUUCAAAAGUUACAUCUAUGUCAACACAAACAAAACUGAUGAACUCACAAAUGAAAAUGGCAGGAGCAAUGUCAACAACAGCAAAGACAAUGCAAACUGUUAAUAAAAAGAUGGAUCCACAAAAGACACUGCAAACUAUGCAGAACUUCCAGAAAGAAAACAUGAAAAUGGAAAUGACUGAAGAGAUGAUCAAUGAUACCCUGGAUGAUAUUUUCAAUGAGUCUGAUGAAGAACAGGAAAGUCAGGAUAUUGUGAACCAAGUCCUGGAUGAAAUUGGUAUUGAAAUAUCUGGAAAGAUGGCCAAGGCUCCUUCAGCUGCCAGAGGCAUGCCAUCUGCAUCAGCAUCCCAAAGUGCCACAAUUUCUGAUGAAGAGAUUGAGCGGCAGCUCAAAGCCCUGGGAGUAGAUUAACCCCAUGGUGACGCGCAGCCUGCCUUCUGCAAUUGCUCCAGUGCUGGCUUGCACAUGAAUGUGCAAGACCAGUAUCAAUAAAAACCAAAUUCCUUUGCAAGAUCUUGCCCGAGCCAUCUUUGGUGACAAUGAAUUCUAUAAGCAGUUGGAACAAUUAGUUGGAAUCAGUUGAGACAGAACAUCACAACAUGCAAAUAAUGCAGAAUGUGUAUACAUUUGACCAAAUUGGAUUCUGCUGGAAACAAGAACAACCGUUACAUAUGUACAUUUAUGAUCUAAAUUUGGAUUGGGUACAAUUAGCUUUUUCUCCAAAAAGCACCAACGCUCCAUUUUUCAUUCAGGUUUCUAACCUUUCUGAGGCUAUUGCAAGCAGCCUUUCUGGAGGAAUUCCAUUUACGUAUGUGUUGCAAGUACACCAAGAGACUUCUUAAUUUAUGGUAUUAAAUAAAACCUCACUUUUUCUUUCA